CUUGUGUAAAUGCGACGUUCAAAAGACUUAAGUUGCAAAAUAUCAGAGAUACAGGUCUCUUAAUUGUGUUUCUCGGGGUUCAGCGUUUAUGGCAACUCCUCAAUUAGUUAAAUAGUUGAUUAAUUUACUGUCGCGUCUUGACUAUUACUGAUGUCCACUGCCGAAACCUGAAACCGAGGGGUUAGCAUAGAGAUAUUAAAACAAUGAGCCAUGUCCUACACCGAGCUAGAGCAUGGAUACCAGGGUCUGAAGAAAGCACGGCCAGCAUUUUAUUUUGGUGACUCCUCUGUUCGAUCUGUCAGUCAUCGGAGGUGCUGAUGAUGGAGCAUUACUUGAACUCGGUGCCAGAUGUGUAUAUCGUCGAUAUCGACAAUACUGCAGAGCCGUAUUGGCUGCACAUGGGAGAUCUCGCUGAGCUCGGAGAUGAUGAAUUAUCCGGAGAUGAAGGGAAUCAGGUACUGGUUGGCAUUUGUGCCAUGGCUAAGAAAUCUCAAUCAAAACCAAUGAAUGAGAUACUGACCCGCCUUAGAGAAUUUGAGUAUCUUAAAAUGGUUGUUUUCCCUGAAGAAGUAAUACUCAAGAAACCUGUUGAGGAGUGGCCUCUGGUAGACUGUCUGAUAUCAUUCCAUUCCAAAGGAUUUCCUUUAGACAAAGCUAUUCAGUAUUCGCAGCUUAGAAAUCCAUUCAUAAUAAAUAAUUUACAUAUGCAGUAUGACAUUCAGGAUCGCAGGAAAGUUUAUUCAAUUCUUGCUGCAAAUGGUAUUGAAAUUCCAAGGUAUGCAGUUCUGGAUAGAGACUCACCUGAUCCAAAGCAUCAUGAGUUAGUGGAGUCUGAGGAUCAUGUGGAAGUUAAUGGUGUUGUGUUUAACAAACCUUUUGUCGAGAAACCAGUUUCGGCUGAAGACCACAAUAUUUAUAUUUAUUAUCCAACUUCUGCUGGAGGUGGUAGUCAAAGAUUGUUUAGGAAGCCGACGCACAGAAAGAAAGCAGGCGAUAAUAAGAGCUGUUCACAACAGCUGCCCUGCAAAAGCAACGUUGUUGUUAUCGGAAGCCGUAGUAGUGUUUACUCACCUGAGUCCAGAGUAAGAAAAACUGGAUCUUUUAUUUAUGAAGACUUCAUGCCAACAGAUGGCACAGAUGUUAAGGUUUAUACAGUUGGUCCUGACUACGCACAUGCUGAAGCUCGAAAAUCUCCAGCUCUGGAUGGCAAGGUAGAACGUGAUUCAGAAGGAAAGGAAAUUAGAUAUCCAGUCAUAUUAACAAAUGCUGAAAAAUUAAUUUCGCGAAGAGUGUGCUUGGCAUUUAAACAGACUGUUUGUGGCUUUGACCUGCUCAGGGCUAAUGGGAAAUCAUAUGUUUGUGAUGUAAAUGGUUUUAGCUUCGUGAAAAACUCAAAUAAAUACUAUGAUGAUUCUGCCAAAAUUCUCGGAAAUAUGAUAUUGCGGGAACUAGCCCCCACUUUGCACAUUCCAUGGUCUGUUCCUUUUCAAUUAGACGAUCCACCAUUUGUACCAACCACUUUCGGAAAGAUGAUGGAAUUGAGAUGUGUUGUUGCUGUUAUACGGCAUGGAGACCGCACACCCAAGCAAAAGAUGAAAGUUGAAGUUCGUCACCCAAAAUUCUUUGAAAUAUUUGCUAAGUAUGAUGGAUACAAACAUGGCCAUGUAAAAUUAAAGAGACCUAAGCAAUUACAAGAAAUUUUGGAUAUAGCUCGCUCUUUGCUCUGUGAUAUAAAAACGCACUCAGCAGAUUGUGAGAUAGAAGAAAAGCGUGGGAAAUUGGAGCAGUUGAAAAGUGUUCUUGAAAUGUAUGGACACUUUUCUGGAAUUAAUCGUAAAGUUCAGAUGAAAUAUCAACCUAAAGGAAGACCUAGGGGUUCAAGUAGCGAUGAUGGUACAGAUCUUAAUGCACCUAAAGAACCUUCCUUGGUUCUCAUAUUAAAAUGGGGAGGUGAGCUGACACCGGCUGGACGUAUUCAAGCAGAAGAACUUGGUCGAAUAUUCAGAUGCAUGUAUCCUGGCGGGCAAGGUGAGUAUGCAGGCACUCAGGGUCUCGGGCUGCUGCGACUUCAUUCCACAUAUCGCCAUGAUCUCAAGAUAUAUGCGUCUGAUGAGGGUCGAGUCCAAAUGACUGCUGCUGCCUUUGCCAAAGGUUUAUUGGCUCUAGAAGGGGAGCUGACACCAAUUUUGGUGCAGAUGGUGAAGAGUGCCAACACUAAUGGUCUUCUUGACAAUGACUGUGAUUCUAGCAAGUUUCAGAACAUCGCCAAAGCAAGACUGAAUGAAUUAAUGCAACAAGAUCAUGAGUUGACACCUGAUGACAGAGCCAAAAUCAAUCCUUGUAACUCACUGAGUAUUGAUCAAGCACUUGACUUUGUGAAAAAUCCUGUGGCCUGUUGUGAAAGGAUGCAAGAGCUUAUUCAAAAGCUGGUGGAGAUUGUCCAUAUUAAAAGAGAUGAUCCAAAAACAAGAGAUGCAAUUCUUUAUCAUGGAGAAACAUGGGAAUUAAUGGGUCGGCGAUGGGGAAAGAUUGAAAAAGAUUUCAGUACCAAAAACAAGAAGUUUGAUAUAUCAAAGAUACCAGACAUUUAUGAUUGUAUUAAAUAUGAUCUUCAACACAAUCAGCAUACCUUGCAAUUUGAACAGGCUGAAGAACUUUACAUGUAUGCAAAAUAUAUGGCAGAUAUAGUUAUUCCUCAGGAAUAUGGGCUAACACAGCAAGAGAAAUUAGCCAUAGGCCAGGGUAUAUGCACUCCACUUCUGAAAAAAAUAAGGGCUGACUUACAGCGUAAUAUAGAAGAGGAAAGUGAUGGAGAGGCUACUGUCAAUAGGCUUAACCCACGGUAUUCUCAUGGAGUUUCAAGUCCUGGCAGACAUGUUCGCACUCGUCUGUACUUCACAAGUGAAAGCCAUGUCCAUUCUCUACUGACAGUUUUGAGAUUUGGAGGUCUACUUAAUGAAGUGAAAGACGAACAAUGGAGGCGAGCUAUGGAAUAUGUAAGCAUGGUAUCAGAGCUCAACUACAUGUCUCAAAUUGUUGUCAUGCUAUAUGAAGAUCCAACAAAGGAUCCUUAUUCAGAAGAACGGUUUCAUGUUGAGCUGCACUUUAGUCCAGGAGUCAACUGCUGUGUGCAAAAGAAUCUCCCACCAGGUCCAGGUUUCCGACCUCAUAGCCGUAAUGAAUCUAAUAAGGCUUCACACCUAGAGGAAUCAGAGCAAGAAGAUGAUAAUGGUAGCUUGCCAUCUGGAUCGCCUCAACCUCCAGAGUGCCCGCCAGAAGUGGAACUAACACCACCAGUCAAUAUUGAGGGAGAUAAUCAAUGCAACAUCAAAGUUUCCAAACCAAUUCCUAUAAAGGUCUCACCCAGCAGGCUAGGGAGUGGUACAAAUGUGUGCAGCCGCCUAGUUUCGAAUAUAUCUGAAGAAGGAGAUCCACAACACAGCAGUUCAUAUUCUGGAGCUCAGAAAAGUGAAGUUGACACAGAACAUCGAAGUCGCAGCUUUGAACAGGCUAGAACGGAACCAAAUUCAUCACACUCCACUGCUGACUCUAGGAUGCUCCAUCAAAGUUUGGACGCUGUCAACAAGCCAGUUAUUCAUACUGGCAAAAGUGAUUCCCCUCAGAUAACUAUAUCUAAUGAUUCAGAUUAUUUUGCACUACUAAGCCGGGGGAAACGACUAAGUAGCUCAGCAGAUAAUAUACUUGACGUCCCGGACGAUUCUAAGCAACCAACCACCUCAGAGCUUCCAACCUCUGCAGCAGGCUCUCUUCAUAGUAGCAACACUGAGCACUUAGAUCACAAUAAGCAGCUCUUUGUCCUCUGUAGACGCCUGAGCUGUUCCACUAGCAGUAUUGCAUCUAGCAAGGACUCUGACAUUGCCACUCCCCUCACCACCCCUGCCAGACGCGCAGCGCCUCCGAAAAGGCUGAGCCUCCCAGCCCCUCCACACCCGUACCCCCUGACGAGCUACCUGUUGACCGCAUGUCCUGAGAACCCUGGCGUUCCCUCCGGAUCCGCCACCGCACCUCCCUCGCUUGUUCACUCUCGGUCCUCCCCUACCCUUCCCGGACCCUGGGCCUGGGCCCAACCUGAUGCAAACCCUCCCCACGCUUCCCUUGCGUUACUAGAGCGCGCGUUGGUCCGGCGACAUCGGCACAGCGUCUCUGGCCAGAUGAGCUACUUCAAGAUGCUGGGCUUCGGACUCUCUCCGGGCGGCGGCUUCGUGGUGCAACAGAAGAAACCGGGCUGUGGUUCUACCAGCUCGCUGUUCUCGACAGCUGUCAUAUCUGGCUCUAGCUCUGCUCCCAAUCUACGGGACAUGAUCCCCAGCACUCCUUCAAUAUCAGCCAUUGAUGGAUGUGGUGGAGUUCCCCCAAUCAGACCGCUGGAGACUUUGCAUAACGCCCUCUCCAUGAAACAGCUAGACAGUUUCCUUGAUGCAAUGACUGCAUCAAUUCAACAAAAGACUCCAGCUCCUUCUCCUCCUAAAGUACCAAGCACACCAACACCUCAAAGCACAAGUUGGAGUAUGUGGAGCAAUGAUCCACACACAUAUGAUGGAGGAGUAGAUGUGUGUGGAGAUGCAGGAAGUGAAGGAGGGGGUGUUGCAACUUGUGGUUAUGGUAAUCUUGAACUCGGAGAAGCUCCUGGAGGAGUUUGUAGUGGUGAGCUUACCCCAUGCUCUGCUGGUUCGGAGCUGGAAUUUGAAGAUGAUGAAACAGUCCACGCCUCUCACAGUGAUCCUGUGAAUAUUACACGAGAUCGGCAGUAUGAACGUCUUGUGGAAGGCCUCUCUUGUGUUUCCCAAACUCAGGGUUCACCUAGCAUGUAUUUGGAUCCCAUGCCAGAUGCUGCAGGAAGGGAGGAGUUAACCACCCCAGUUUUGACUUUAGCCAGCAGUUUUACUGAUAGUAGUUCAAUUCAAAGAGGCUUUGUUAUACCAGAUGAAAAUUUGAAAAAAUAAUUUUCACGUCUGCAUUAUAAUGCUUGCAGGCUAUUUUUAUAGAAAUGUUGAUGUGUGAUCUAGGAUGAUGUAUACUGGAAUAUAUUUAGUUUUAAACCCAA